AUGGCGGAUCACCUAAACCUCGCAGCCGCAUGUAUCAGCGUCAUUGCCUUUCCGCACGUGGAAAACCCGCUCCUACCUCUAAUCACUGUCGCCGCGGGCGCUCUUCCGGGAAGGUGGUUCAACCCUGCCAGAGUUGCUCGCGCGGUGACAGAUAUCUCAAUUAGCUGGCCCUCGUCAUUAACAAAGGAGACAAACUCAUUGGCAUCGGUCUAUCAGAACAUUACCAUCAAUCUGACAACUCCUAAGACCGACACAACCAUUUUUUCCGCUAAAUUUUCGCCUUCGUCUGCACCGUCUCCUGAUGUUCUUUCCAACGACACGAUCAAUCAGCCAAUACCACUCCAUCGGCCUGAUACGGUCGAUCUUCCUCGAUUUGAAAACGACACAGCAGAUCGGGUUGUUAAUCUUUCCUCUUCGAACCCUUUGUCCGCUGAGGAUCGGGAAAGCAACGUUUUCAGUACCUUGACCAAGUCAUUGCCAACGGCCAGCCUUUUGAAUAAGUUCUUCUCUUCAACUACUAAGAGCAAAGCAAGUGUAAACAAUCAUACAAUUGGAGAGAACGGUAUCGCUGCCACGAACGAUGAACCUAUCAAGAGCGAUACAAUUAUCAAGAAUGAUGUAGCUACCGAGGACGAUAACUCUGCCAUGGAUGAUGAUACACCGGUUCAAAACGGUACAAUCCCCGAAGAUGACACAUUUCUCAAGAACAGCACGGUUUUCAAGGAUGAUUCGGUGUUCAAGAACGAUUCGCUUUAUAAUGAAAAUACAAGUACUUGGAUGGCUGAUCUUUCAUCUUUGUUGGCGCCGGCUCCCAAUAUUCCUUACAGCAACACUUCCGGCAUUCCCAGGAGGUCGUCUCCGACGGCCGUUGAUAUCUCAUCAUCCUUCAAUCACUCUGUCAGCAACAAAUUUGAACCGAAGAACGAUUCGUUUCAUAGCACAUUUGGCACAUUUAGCGCGUCUAGCACAACCAACACAUCCAGCAUAUCCAACGUGUCUCGCGGUUCUAGUAGCUCAAUCACAUCUAGCAGCUCUGGCAAGUUCAAUACCUUCAGCACAUCUCAAGCCUCUAGCUCUGCGUUCGCGAGACCAUCAAGUGUUUCAUUCGAUCCAAUUAACGACAACAUCUCGAAACCGUACCCGCCUCCAGUCUCGUAUUACGCCUCAGGUCGAACUGAUUAUUUGCCUUUACUCGUCUUUACUGGAGCUCUCAACCUAGUACUCGGCAUGUUCAUUCGCGAAUAUCGGCGUUUACUCAAAAAUGCUGAAACUUCUCCGGCCCUAUCGCGAGGCACAAAAACAGAACGCGUUAAACUAAAGGUCUCAGACGUUACGACGGUCAUUGAGACAGUGCCAUUAGAGUCUCAGCUCUUCCUUCUGCGAGAGUCUGGAAUCACUGAGUCAGUAACUGAACCUAGGACUGUUUUACUUCAGCAAACAGCCGCGGCGAAGAUCAUUGAGACAGUGCCCUUAGAGCCUCAUUGUGUCCUUCUACGGGAGUCUGGAAUCACUGAGUUGGUAAUUGAGCCUAGGACCGUUUUACUUCAGCAAACAGCCGCCUCGACGAUAACUGAGACCAUGCCCCUGGACACUGAGCCUGUUUCUCUUCAACAGACAAUGGUCUCGACAACAAGUGAGGCCGUGCCCCUGGAUCCUAAAUUUGCUCCAUUUCAACACUUACAAGCUAAGGCUCAGGCCGAGACUGAGCCCGUAGACCCUAAGCCUGUUCCUCUUAAAUUUUCAAAGAUUACUGAGAAAGAGACCGAUCCUGUGUCUCCUUCAUUUACCGACACAGUGGCUCAGGCGGACAUGGUCAGACCUACCCCUCUCGGCAUGGCGGAUAUCACAAUCGAAUCUACAGCUCCUACAGCCGUGCUCGAGGGCGACGCUCAGGAACAUACGUGCUUCGGUUGUGGAACAGUUCCUUUCAAACAUGAGUGCCUCGGUUGUCGGACGACUGAUGCUGAGCAGACAGACUCCGUUAAGCAAAUAGACUGCGAUGGCCAGACAGUCUCUGAUCGCCAAACAGGCUCCGUUGAGCAGGAAGACUCCAUUGGCGAAGUUGAUCCUGUCGAACCCACAAACCCCAGUACCCCAACACCUACUCAAAUACUCGCAUAUGAACCCUUCCAACACGCCAACUCGCUGUGGGCCCACCAACAACGAACAAUUGACAGCCUUGACCUUAAUGUCUGGCCGUAUGCUGUUCGUGAGCAAGCGCCCGAAGGCUGGCAAAAUCGAGAAGACUUCACAUACCCGGAAACGCCCAAGCCAGUGCUCCUCCCUCACACAGGGUCCCACCUUGCUGAAAAGAGGAAGGGAGCAGGCUACGUAUACAGGCAAGACUUAAAACAAUGGGAACGUAUUGAACGCUUCCGCGAGAAUGAAGCACAACGGGACUAUGAAGAAUACGUCUUAGGUCCGGGCCCUGCUACACGGAGCGUAGAGCGGACAGAAUCUUUAUUUCGGCCGGAGAGGAAGCAGUUGACUGAGGCAGAAAGGAUCGAGAAGAAUAGGGAGCAUAGUAGGAUUAAACAGAAAAACAGGAGACAGGCGGAGUGGCUGAGGCAUCACGGCCAGGGUGCAGAUCAAGCCGACAAUGGGCAGGGUGAUGCAAGUGCGAACGGAGGUGAGUUAUCGACAACCGGACCGUCGAAACUGGACCCCAAUAACCCUAGGAAUUUCACGGCACUAGGUUACAAACUACAGUGCAAGGUUCCACUAGCAUCAGAAGAUAGGCGAUUGAAGGAUCCUCCAAAGGACGUUCUUCGUAGUCCUCCCGCAGAAGUAGACGCUACUAGCCUCGGUGAAUUUCCUCAAGCCGAGGCAGAAGAACAAGACUCGAUCGCGCCAGCUCGGCUAAUAUUCAAGGCACCACCAGCAUCAGAGGAUAAGAGGAACGUCACGCGACUUGAGGAGAACAGACUCCUCUGUCCGCGCGUUGAAGAAAGCGCCUCUAAGAGCGGUGAACUCCCUCAGGUCGAUGAAGAACCAAGUGAAUGGUGA